CCUUUUGCGAUCUUUCUUUUUUCUCUCUUUUCCUCAUCCAACAACGCUCCCUCUUGUUUGACCACAAACCCAUUCAUUCAUUUUUCUUGGACCCUUGAGCAGUGCUCGACCAACUAUCAGUCCCACCAAUUCAUUCCUUCACAGAAGACUGUUUCGAGGUUCAUCCAAACUACCAACCAACGGAUUCGUCCCGUCUUGUCGUCACACAGAGAGUUCAGUACAUACCAAGGACUGCUCCGAGCUCCCAUCGACAACCUUGAACCCAACCAGGCUUCCCACGCUGUAGCAAGCACAUUCCCUGAUCAAGAGGCUUAG